AAAAGAGUGAGAAAGAGAAGCAGCCUAGUUGGGGCCCACGCGUCCCUUGUUCACCUCGGGUCAGCAACUAAUUCGUCCUGGCGAUCAACGCGCGUAAGUACACGUUUUUGUGGAGGGCAUACUUUGCGCACUGAUCGGUUGACGUAAUGCGUCACUGAACAGAUACAAUAUCAAAGAACCCAGAUCAAGAGCAACCGCUAGAGAGACACACGACGGGAGAGAUGUGGAGGCGCGUGGCUUCAUUUUUCCCAUUCAUUUCUUCCACCAAAUCAUCCACUCUCAGCCAGUUGGGACCAACAUUGAAGAUUUGGGAAUCAUUUACCACAGGGGCACCCAUCCCGGUAAAUCAUGGAAUAUCCUCCAAAGAUAGCACUCCAUUCAUAACUUUUGUCUUAGGUGGCCCUGGUAGUGGAAAAGGUACACAAUGUGCAAAGAUUGUAGACACUUUUGGAUUUAAACAUCUUAGUGCAGGAGAUCUGUUAAGGAGGGAAAUAGCUUGCAAUAGUGAAUUUGGAUCCACGAUUCUUGACACAAUUAAAGAAGGACGGAUUGUUCCUUCAGAAGUGACGGUCAGACUUAUACGAAGGGAGAUGGAAUUGAGUGACAAUCACAAAUUUCUUAUUGAUGGUUUCCCACGAAGUGAGGAAAACCGCAUAGCAUUUGAAAGAAUUAUUGGAGCUGAACCAAAUAUUGUGCUUUUCUUUGAUUGCCCUGAAGAAGAGAUGGUGAAACGAGUGCUUAACCGUAAUCAGGGCCGAGUUGAUGAUAACAUAGAUACCAUCAAGAAACGUCUUAAAGUGUUUGAAGCAUUGAAUCUUCCUGUCGUCAAUCACUAUGCGAAGAAAGGAAAACUUCAUAAGAUCUGUGCAGUAGGAGCAGAAGAUGAAAUAUUCGAACAAGUUCGCCCAGUUUUUGCUGGAUGUGAGCAGGUGAUAAGCGAGAGUUAAUUGCGGGUGUCAACCAAAGUUCGAGCUAGGACAGAUUUAGUUGGUAGUUAGGCUUUACUAAAAGCCUUUUAAAGAGUGGGAAUUCAGCAGAGGAAAACAUACAUAAGCUUAGAGGGAAAAUGUUCUUUAAUUCUUGUUAUUUUUUACUGUGUUUGUACAGAGAUUAGGAUGCAACAUAAAAUCUGUAGCGUUACUGCUCUAUUUCGAGUUCCCUUGUGUUUUUUAUAAUGCUAAGAAAAGGGUACUCUAGGAAACAAUGGCUACAGCAAAUGAGAAAAUGGGACUCGUUUCAUGUUU